AUGGCCGAGGAACUCAAGAAAUUGACAAGUCAAGUUCAAGGUGUCGAAGAAAGCAAAGGGUCGUCAGUCGAGGUUGAGGUAACUGCAUCGGUUCCAUUUGAGGUUGAGGUAGCUCCGCCUACAGCCACACCUGCUCUAUUUGAGGUAGAAAUUGCCACACCUUUUACAGUGACAAUAUCAACCACACCUCCUUUUAAUUCCAAGACCCUGCUACUCCUCCUUCGUUCUUCGUCCAAACAAGACCCCGCUGCCACUGUUUCAUCUUCUUCGUCAAGCUCGAGCUUGAGCUCGACACUCAUGGUUGUUGUUGCGUCUUCUUCUCCACCCCGUCGCACGCUGCUGCUUCUCCUCCUUCACGGCUGCGUUGAUGUUUCUUCUUCUUCGUCAUUGUCGCUACUGCUCCUGCUACGUCCAGCCAUGGACGAGAUCCUCACUUCCAUGACUGCGUCUUCAAGCUCGAGAUCUCGUCGCACCAUGGCUGUUGCUCCGCUCCUGCUAGGCUCGUCGCUACUGCUGCCCCGUCACUGCUGUUGCUCGAUGCUUCUUCUUCUCCAGCUUCGCGCACUCAUGGCUGCUUUGUUGCUGCUGCUCGAUGCUUCUUCUUCUCCAGCUUCGAGCGGCCAUGGCUGCCUUGUUGCUCCUUCUUUGUCUUCGUCGUCGAAUUAA